ACGUUGAUGUAUAAUAAAAAAUGCCAUCUUAUUGUUAUAAUUUUUUUUUUUUUUGGUUCCCCAUCCGGUAUCCGGGGCUUCGCCCCGACUACUCCGGACUCGACCAGCUGUGGCGCACCAGAAUGGUGGGUGGGUCUCCCAACGAAGAUUGCUGCGUACACAAGGUCUCGAACUCGAGAUCUUGCUUAAGCUGGAACAAGCCGCUUGCCACUUGAUCCAACCCCUCGUUGGUACAUCAAAGAAUUAAUUACUUGGCAACACAGAGUUUUGAAUCUUUGACCUUGACCUCAAAUCAAAGUUUUUAAGUUAG